AUGGAGAAGAAGGAAAGUCGUGCAGACUGGGUGGCCGUCGAAGCGCAGUUUCAAAGCGUCGAGGCUAACCAGCCGGCCAAGGCUAAGACAGCCUACCAGUUCUUCCAAAAACGCGUCAUAGACGAUGUUAAGCGUGACGUGGCGGCCAAGGCAGCCGAGCUCAACGAGCCUGUGGAACUAGGUAGCAUCUCCAAGGAGAUCAGCGCACGCUGGGUGCAGCUGUCGGCUGGGGAUCGCGAGGAGUUCGUGGAGCUCGGGACGCUAGACAAGAAGCGCUACGACGAAGAAUGCCGCGCACGCGAUGAGGAGGUGGAACGCGAGCGUGCACGUAAGCGAGAGGAUAUGUAUGGCGCCGUGGAGGGCAAGCGUGAGCGCAAGAAGACACGUCCCAAACGCCAGCCACGCGAACUCUCGGAGAAGCAACUGGAAGCCAAGAGACUGCGACACGAGAUCCGACAGCAGGAGAUCGACGAGCGAGACGAGCUUAAAGCCGAGGAAAAGCGUCAAAAGGAGGCACUUGCCAAGAAAAAGUCCGAGAUCGCAUCGGCCAGACUCAAAUACUUGCUGUCUCAAAGCGACAUCUUCGCUCACUUCAGUGGACAAGUGAAAAAGGGCAAAAAGGGUGCUGCACUCGAUGCUGACGAAGACGCAGAGACGGGAGAGCAGAGUGCAGAGGGUCUUGACUCCAAGAAGGCGAAAGGGAAGACGAAGACCAAGAAACGCCAUGACGACGAGGACGAAAUGGACUCGUCUCGCCACGUGGGUGUUCGCAUCACGCAGCAACCGUCAGUGAUUAAGUUUGGUACGAUGCGUGCGUACCAGCUUGAAGGACUGAGCUGGAUGAUCAACCUGGCACACCAAGGUAUCAACGGCAUCCUCGCCGAUGAGAUGGGUCUAGGCAAAACCCUACAGACGAUCUCAGUGCUGGCGUAUUUCUACGAAUUCGAGAACAUUUCCGGUCCGCACAUUGUGUUGGUGCCCAAGUCGACACUGAGUAACUGGCUGGCGGAGUUUAAACGCUGGUGUCCGUCUCUACGUGCUGUCAAGUUCCAUGGUAACAAGGAAGAACGUCAGCGCUGUGUACAAGAGGUUUUGUGUCCCGGUUUACCGGAUGACAAGCGCAAAUUCGACGUCUGUGUGACGACGUUCGAGAUGUGUCUGAAGGAGAAGACGGCGCUGUGCAAGUUUGCGUGGAGAUACCUGAUUAUCGACGAAGCGCAUCGUAUCAAGAACGAAAGCUCCCAGUUCUCGACUGUUGUCCGGAUGCUGGACACCGAACACCGCUUGUUGCUGACGGGCACUCCUCUCCAGAAUAACCUGCACGAACUGUGGGCGCUACUGAAUUUCUUGUUGCCUGAUGUGUUCGCUUCGUCACAGGAGUUCGACGACUGGUUCAACCUGGACGUGGACGAUGACGAAGCCAAGAAGCAGAUGAUUAGUCAACUGCACAAGAUCCUACGUCCAUUUAUGCUGCGUCGCCUCAAAGCUGAUGUCGAGAAGAGUCUUCCGCCCAAGAAAGAAACGCUGCUGUUCGUGGGCAUGUCGGAGAUGCAGAAGGCGCUGUACAAGUCGCUCCUGCUGCGUGAUAUGAACACAAUUAUGGGCGGAACGGGCGGAGUCUCGAAGAGCGCGCUGCAGAAUAUUGUGAUGCAGCUGCGAAAGUGCUGUGGCCACCCGUAUCUGUUCGAAGGACAGGAGGAUCGAACUUUGGACCCGCUAGGAGAACACGUGGUUGAAAACUGCGGCAAGAUGGUGCUAUUGGACAAGUUGCUGACGAAACUCAAGCAGCGUGGCUCGCGUGUGCUGAUCUUCACGCAGAUGACGCGCGUCUUGGACAUUAUGGAGGAUUUCUGUCGCAUGCGUCUGUACGAUUACUGUCGUAUUGAUGGUCAGACGUCGUACGAGGACCGUGAGAGCUCAAUUGACGAGUACAACAAGCCCAACUCGUCCAAGUUCCUGUUCUUAUUGUCUACACGCGCUGGUGGUCUCGGUAUCAACUUGUACACGGCCGACGUGGUCAUUCUGUACGACUCGGACUGGAACCCGCAAGCCGAUCUACAGGCACAGGAUCGUGCGCAUCGUAUUGGGCAGAAGAAGGAGGUGAACGUGUAUCGUUUAGUGACUACAGACUCCGUCGAGGAGAAGAUUAUUGAGCGUGCUCAGCAGAAGUUGAAGCUGGACGCUAUGGUGGUGCAGCAAGGACGUCUCCAGGAGAAGCAGAGCAAGCUGACGAAGAACGAUAUGCUCGAGAUGAUCCGCUUUGGUGCUGACCAGGUGUUCCGUACUACCGACUCGACUAUUACGGACGAGGAUAUCGACGCGAUUCUUGCCAGGGGUGAGCAACGUACCGAGGAGAUGAAGCAGAAGAUGCAUGUACAUGACAAGGGCGACAUGCUGGACUUCAAGCUUGACGGAGGAGGCUGUCAGAACCACGACGGUAUCGACUAUUCGAACGAGAAGGAACGUCAAGAAGAGUUGAAGCGUCUUGCUGAUGCCGAGCUUGCACGUCAGAUGGCUGAGGGGAUGGGCAAGCGGGAGCGUCGUACUGUGCUUCGUCACAGUCACGUGUCGCUGGAAGGUAAGCACAGAACGAAGCAGAAACAGCUGCCCAAGGCGUUGCGCUUGCCUCGUAUUGAUGAGUGGCAGUUCUACAACCGUAAGCGCCUUAUUGAGCUGCACGAGAUCGAGUGUGCGAACUAUGAACAAGCCAAGACGGAGAUGGAGAAGCCUCCGCUCCCACCGCAUGCACAGUAUCUCACCCAGGAGCAAUUGCAAGAGAAGGAGCAGCUGUUGUCCGAAGGCUUUAGCGACUGGAACAAGCCGCAAUUCUUCCUGUUCAUCAAGCUACUGGCUCGUUAUGGACGUGGAAAUAUUGAAGCGGUGGCUCGUGAAAUGAUGAAGCCACUGGACGAGAUCGAGCGCUACUCGCAGGUUUUCCUGUCUCGAGGUCAAGACGAGUUGAGCGAUUGGCCGAAAAUCUUCAAGUCGAUCGAGAAAGGAGAGUCCAAGCUACUUGAGAUCGAGCGCUUGACGGAGGAGACGGCGCGGAAGGUCAAGCGCUACGCGAACCCAUGGGAAGAUAUGCCGAUUAAUUAUCAAGGGAAGGGCGGUAAGGUGUUCACUGAAGAGGAGGACCGCGUGCUGCUGUGUCUGGUGAACCAGUUCGGCUACGGCGCAUGGGACCGCAUCAAACAGGAGAUCUGCAGCAUGGAGAUGUUCGCGUUCGACUAUUAUCUGCGGUCACGUACUGCAGCGGAGAUCGGACGUCGCUGUGACGCGCUGAUGCGUAUUUGCGAGAAGGACAAUGCGGAUCUCGAGAUCCGGGAGAAGAAGGAGAACGAUGUGCGUCGCGUGUUGCAGGAGCAACGUGCCAGGCUGGAUCAACAACUUGCUGCGGCGCGUGCGGAUGUCAAGCAGCAUCAAGAUCGUGUGGAUGAACUGAUCAUGAAGGAGGCCAAGCGUAUGCAACGUCAACGUGAAGCCAAGCGCGCCAAGAAGCGCAAGGAACGCGAUGAGAACGAGGAAAUGGUUGACCAACACACGGAAGCUCUGGUGUCGUUCCUGUUGCAGGCGACAAGUAUGGAUGCAGCGAAAGUUGCGCUUGAUUUCUGCGCCAAGAUCCGUCAUGAGAAGCGUGAAGAGCUGCAACCUUCGUACGUGUUGAAGAAGAUCCGUCAAGUGGCAGAACUGGAUGAACUUGCCACGAAGGGAUCGCUCGUGUGGACGAUCAAGCCGGAGUUUGCCAAUGUUGGGAAGGUCAAAUUGAAGAAAGAGAACAAGGUACUGAAGCACGAACACAUGACAGAUGUCAGUGGCGGCGUAAUUCCCAUUAAGUCCGAGGAGAAAAGUCGUUUACCGCGAUCUCCGUGGUCCCCGACUGCCAUGAAACAGCAGCAGAAAGUCAAGAAGGAAAAGAAGAAGAAGGAAGGAGCGUUGAACUCGGUGCGGAAGCCUCGCAGUGCAUACGUGCAGUUCAGCGUGGCCACUCGAGUUGAGGUGAAGCGAUCGCUAGGCGAGGACGCGCAGCUAGUGGACGUCAUGAAAGAGCUCGUGAGGCUUUGGAAAGACAUGACUCCUGAGCAGAAGGCGCCGUGGGUGGAAGCGGCCAAGCUGGACAAGUUGCGCUACGAACGCGAGAUGAACGAGACGACGGCGUAAGGUUGCAACCACUGGGUGAAGUACAUUCAUUCUCCAAAUGCCAGAUAUACAUUUUGUUUUCAUGCACUUUUUUGCGAGAAAUUUUUUUUUCGCCGAUUUUGCAAAAUAGAAACAGUUACAAGUUGCACAAAGUGGCAUCUUGGUGGUGGCACCGGUGGCUGAACGCUUACUUGUCGCUUUCAACGUGAAGGUUGCGGCCGUUGAAGAUGGAGGAAACGUUGUCUUCUGUGUCGGUGUACGAUUGGGAAAUCGAAUCCAGUAGAGCUUGCAGCUUGGCGUUGAGCUCAGCGUUGGCAGCAGCGUUGACAUUGGCAAGCUCAACAAGUCGUGCGACGGUAUCUUGAAGCGGGUCACCUGCAGGAUUAAUCCGGGCGAGGGCGGCACCGACAGAGCUCGCGAUGGAUGCCGUGGCUUCAGCUCUGCUCAAUGCGUCCGUCCCAAUCUGGGCGAUCUGAGUGGCGGCAUCUUGGGCAGUCGAGGUGUCGAGUUGUCCGACAAUGAGAACGAGAAGCAGGGCACGGAUUUGAAAAAGUUCAUGAUACGAUCACCUCGGGUUGGCCA